AUGCACGUCCGAGAAUUGUCUAACAUUUCCUUCGCAGAUUUGAGGAUCGAAGAGGCGGAGAGAGUUAUCGUCCAGCUGAAAGAAUUGGCCGUUCCCCUUCCCGUGGAUAUGAUAUUCGUCACCGGCAUUCACCACCAAGAACCCGAAGCCCUCCUCGACAACGAGCCGACACAUGGGUGCCAUCAUCGAAUAGAGGAUAUGGAAGGGCGCGCAGCCGGUCCCCGCCACCCUUUAGGCGUCGAUCACGCACUCCUCCGGCGAGAAAUUUUGGUCCAACACCGUACGAACGAAGACGAUCCCCACCAAGAAGAUUUUCGCCUAGAAGAGAUGAAAGGAUCAGGUCGCCGCCCCCUCCCCAAACCUGGCGCUCAAAAUCUCCCUACAGUGAUGGUAGGUCACGCGACGCAUCCCGCGCUCGUAAAAGCCCACGAAGAACUCGCGACACGACUCCUAGCAGCCAGGUCUUUCGGUCGCUGA